GCCAAUAAAACCUUCAAACUUCUCCAAGCGUGCACUAUAAAUCUUGAGGCAAGUUCGCACUCCCAGAUCACGCAAAGCAUCUUCACCAUUUUCUCCUUCAAAUUGAUCAAUUGGCGGAGACCCAAAAGAAAAACAGUCGAAAGAACAAAGAAUAAAACAUGAGUUUGGAGGCAGCCCAAGUCAUUUCAACCCCCCAAGAAGAUGAAGACAUGUUGACAGCCUUUGAGAUCCCCUCAAUGGUUUAUGUUCCCAUGGUCUUGAAAGGCGUUUUUGAGCUGGGGAUUCCGGAAUUGCUGGCCAAGAGUGGCCAGCUCUCUCCCACGGAGAUCGCGGCUCGCCUCUCCAUCGACAACCCGGCCGCACCGGACAUGAUUGACCGGAUGCUGCGGCUCCUCGCCAGUUACUCCAUCCUCUCGUGCACUCUCGUGGAGAACAAAGGCGGCCUCCCUCGGAGGCUCUACGGCCUCGGGCCACGCAGCAAGUUAUUUGUGGACAACAACGGCGCUUCUAGUACCCCAGUUCAUAUUCUACUCCAAGACAAGACUGUCCUGCCAACCUGGCACUGCCUGAAAGAUGCAGUUAAGGAAGGAGGAAUAGAUCUCUUCACCCGCACGCACGGUGUGCAGUUGUUCGAUUACAUGAGUGGAGGCCGAGACCCGAGAUUCGCCGAGAUGUUCAACAACGGGAUGAGGGCUGCAUCGGCCGUGUACUUGCCCAAGAUCGCUCAGCAUUACCGCGGGUUCUCAAAGGUGAAGACGGUGGUCGAUGUGGGCGGUGGCAUCGGUGAGACCCUGAAGAUCAUGCUUGCCAAGAACCCCCACAUCCGUGCCAUCAAUUUUGACUUGCCUCAUGUGAUCGCAGCUGCUCCUCCAAUUCCUGGUAUUGAGCAUGUUGGAGGAGACAUGCUAAAGGCCGUUCCUAAAGCAGAUGUCCACUUCAUGAAGUUCAUUAUCCACGGUGGGGACAAUGAGUUCUGCGUGAAGGUGCUCAAGAAUUGCUGGAAGGCAUUGCCGCCGACGGGCAAAGUGGUGAUCGUGGAGGUGGUGCUCCCAGAGUAUCCGGGGACGGAUGAGCUCUCGCGGAGCUCGUACUUGAUGGACAUGAACAUGCUCAGGAUCACCCCAUGCGGGAAGGACCGGACCCGGGGGGAGUACGCCGAACUCGCAAGGGCCUCUGGGUUCCACGACCCGAAAUAUGUUCUGCGCGCGUUCAACGUAUGGAUGAUCGAGCUUCACAAGAAAAUCUGAUGAUCGCGAUGGUCAAUCGCCUAGUCUCUGUUUGAUGAUGGUUUCAUUAUGUUAACAAAAGAAUUUCCUGUCGUUCGAGUGUUUUAAGCAGUUGAUGGAGAGACCAUUCAUAUGUUGACAAGUAAUGGUUUGGUGCUUUGAAAUAAAAUGAGACUUAAAAACAAGGCGCAAAAUAUAUUUGAGGAA